AUGACCCCAGCACGCGACAUGUUUCUUGCCAUUGUCGCUAGCUGUAGCGGGCUGUUGCUACAUUGGUUUUGCUUUCGUCAUGGGGAGUGGGACACAGCCGCGCCUUCAUUGCUGUUUGGCUACGGUAUGAUGACUCUGGCAAGCACUUGCGUGCUUUCCGGUAGAGCCAUCUUGGUUACGGCAGCUUUCCAUCUCUUCGGGGUAUGGGCAAGUAUGCUGCUGUACCGUAUGUUUUUCCAUCGACUCUCCGAUUUUCCCGGGCCAUGCGCCGCCCGUUUAUCCAACUUUUAUGUGACAUUUCUGUCGGCAAAAAAGUUACGACUGUAUGAGGAAACACAACGGCUCCAUGGCAAGUAUGGUGACUACGUACGAUUGGGCCCCUCUGAGCUCUCGAUCGCUGAUCCUCGCGCGGUGAAAGCCCUAUACAGUACUGCUUCACCCGUGACAAAAGGACCGUUCUAUACUCUCUUCCAGCCUCGGACUCCGCUGUUCACCAUCCGAGAUAAAAGGGUGCAUACGGAGAGACGAAAGGCCUGGGAUCGAGCAUUCAGCGCAAGCGCUCUCAAUGGGUAUGAGCCACGCGUCUUCAAAUAUACCAUGCAGCUUAUAGACGCCAUUGAUCGGCGAACCGGAGCCCCCAUGAAUGUGCAGGAGUGGUUCACGUUCUAUUCCUUCGAUGUGAUGGGUGACCUCACGUUUGGCAAGGCAUUCAACAUGCUGGCCGAAGGUAAACUGUCUCCUAUCUUGGGCACCAUACAGAACACACUGAGUACUGCCUUUGGAUAUUUCGGCCAUCUUCCUUGGGUGUUUUCCGUCUUCAAGAAAGUGCCUAUCGCCAACGGUCAAUAUCAUGGAUUCUGGAGAUGGGUCACAAGCCAGCUGGAUGAGAGAUGUGCGAAAAAACCAGCGCAGAACGACAUCUUCACGUGGCUGGUAAAAGCGUACCAACAAGGGCCCAUGUCGACACAGAAUACGCUUGAUCUACAGGGUGAUACAUUUCUCAGUAUCGUGGCCGGCAGUGACCCAAGCGCAACAGCAUUGACCAAUGUCUUCUUUCACCUCGCCACAAACCCGUGUGUAGCCCGAGAUCUACAGAAAACCAUUGACAGACUGCCACCUGGACACUACAAGUCUCUCGUCAAGUUGGAUCUUUUAGAGGGACUCAUUAACGAGACAUUCCGCCUACACCCACCGGCUCCUUCCGGUACCCAAAGGGUCACUCCCCCCGAAGGGAUGUUCAUCGGAGAGACCUGGAUUCCAGGGAAUGUGAUCGUGCAAGUGCCCUUGCACACUGUCUACCUGGACCCCCGCGCGUUCGACAGACCAAUAGAGUUUAUCCCAGAAAGGUGGACAACUCGGCCGGAGCUCAUUCGAGAUAAAUCGGUCUUUAUACCGUUCAACGGCGGGCCCUACGCUUGCGCCGGCAAACAGCUCGCCCUGAUGGAGCUCCGACUGGUUAUUGCGGAAGUUCUACGCCGAUACGAUCUUGCUUUAGCACCGUCCCAGACGGAAGAGGCCUUCUGGGCCCAGCAAAAGGAUCACUACACUCUUGGCCCUUCUCCGCUUUGGCUCCGGUUUACAAGACGAUCAGAUCAGGUGUGA